UCCUCUCUCUCUCUCUCUUCCUAUCUCCCUCUCUCUCUUUUUCCCUAUCUCUUUCUCUCUCACUCUCUCAUCCUCCCCCGGUGUGUCUCUUCUGAUGCUGUGGUGUCUUUAUGGACGAGACGCGACACCAGAACCCAGGGACUCUGCUCACACAGGAGUGUGUGUAGUGUAAGGUAUCUGUGUGAUUACACGCCUGACGUCCUCACGCUCUCGAGGAGGCCGCAGUCACGGUAGGAUGACGAAUCACCAGUUAGAGAAGCAGGUGGGCGUGGCCAGCCUGGUUGAUGAUGAAAGGAAGGUGGAGGCUAAAGGAAGUGUUUUACAACAACACUGUGGCUGGUUUACACGCAACCUUCUGCUCACUCUCACCAUUAUCGGUGUGAUAGGCGGCUCAGUGCUUGGUCUACUCCUGCGCUACAUUCCCAAUCUGGACUCAGACACGCUGAUGCUGGUCUCCUUCCCUGGAGAUAUCCUCAUGAGGAUGCUGAAGAUGCUCAUCCUCCCCCUCAUCAUCUCCAGCCUCAUCUCAGGUCUGGCAGGUUUGGAUGCUCGCUCCAGUGGGAGGAUGGGUACCAGGGCCAUGGUGUACUACAUGUCCACCACCAUAAUGGCGGCUGUACUUGGCGUCAUUCUGGUGCUCGGGAUUCACCCUGGAAACCCCAAACUCAGGAGCUCACCGACCAGCGCUGGAGCCCAUAACCAUGAGGUCAGCAGCCUCGACGCCUUUCUGGACCUGAUCCGAAACCUGUUCCCUGAGAACCUGGUGCAGGCCUGCUUUCAACAGGUCCAGACGGUGGUGAAGAAGGUCUCGGUGGUCGUCAGCAACCAGAGCGAGCCAGUUUCUGUCAACAGGAAGAACUUGGAGUUCAAAUGGGGGAUGAACGUUCUGGGUUUGAUCGGCUUCUUCAUCACUUUCGGGAUCUGCAUAGGCAAAAUGGGCGAGAGGGGAAAGAUCAUGUCCGAGUUCUUCAACAUCCUCAACGAGAUCAUCAUGAAGAUGGUGUCCAUGAUCAUGUGGUACUCUCCUGUCGGCAUCGCCUCUCUGAUCUGUGGAAAGAUCGCCGCCAUCGGUGACCUGGAGGCCAUGGCUCAGCAGCUCGGCAUGUACAUGGUGACGGUGAUCGUUGGCCUGAUCAUCCACGGUGGAAUCGUCCUGCCCAUGAUUUACUUCUCUGUGACUCGGAAAAACCCUUUCAUCUUUUACUCUGGGAUCUUUCAGGCCUGGAUCACGGCGCUUGGAACAGCCAGCAGUGCUGGAACGUUACCCGUUACCUUCCGCUGUCUGGAGGAGAACCUGAAGAUUGAUAAGCGAGUCACCCGGUUUGUGUUACCCAUCGGUGCCACCAUCAACAUGGAUGGCACUGCACUGUACGAGGCUGUGGCAGCGAUUUUCAUUGCCCAGAUGAACGGCAUUGAGCUGGAUGGAGGGCAGAUCGCCACCGUGAGUAUGACGGCCACGCUGGCAAGUGUUGGAGCUGCCAGUAUUCCCAGUGCUGGUCUGGUCACCAUGCUGCUCAUCCUCACUGCUGUGGGGCUUCCUACACAGGACAUCAGCCUGCUGGUCGCCGUCGACUGGUUGCUUGACAGAAUGAGAACCUCCAUCAACGUGGUGGGUGAUUCCUUCGGUGCAGGCAUUGUUGACUUCCUGUCCAGGGCGGAGCUUUCUCAGAUUGACACAGACAUUUCCCAAGCAUGCGAGGAGUUUGUCCCCCCUCCCCCCCUGCUGGCUGAUAUAGACCUGAUCGACCCUCUGUGCCCACCAGAACUCCCUCGCUUCCCACGCCCCCCCAAACUCAACCACCACCAGCACCAGCACUCGAAUCCCCAACCCCAACACUACCAGCGUCCUUCAUCCCUGAACCACUCGCGCUCUCACUCCACUCGUUCAGCUCGCUCUCCUUCCCCUCGCUCUGUCAAUUCCCCCUCCCCCCUGUCGGUGUGUUCACACUCUCCUCAUCCUCACCGCACACACUCGCCCCGCCUCCUAAACCGACGCUCCGACCAUGCCUACACUGCCCUGCCCUCGCAUGACCACCAGGCGUCCACGCUGCCGCGAGAUUACAAGGACCGGCAGCGAGAGCGAGAGAGGGGCAGCGAGAAGCAGCGUAGGCGAGAGAAAGGCCGCGAGAGCGAAACGGAGGACGACGAAGAGCGAGAGAGGAUGAUGAUGAUGAUGAUGGACGAGGGCAGUGUGGGAGAAGAAAGCGAUGACACCGCCUACGACCGGAGUCACACCAUCCCGCCGUGCGAGCUUCCCUGAGGCCGUCGCUCCGUCACAUCUAUCACUUUUCUUCAUCAAUUCCCUCCGCCAAUUUACUCCGCCACUCCCCUCCCUUACAUCACUUUACCACAUCGCUCCAUCACGUCCCUCUGUCACGUCCCUCUGUCAUGUACCUCCAUCAGUUUCCUCCGUCACGUCCCUCUGACAUGUCCCUCCAUCAUGUCUUUCCGUCAGCCUCAUUUUAUCGCAUUUUUACUUCAGUUCUGCAUGCUUUUUGGCACCUGCUCACCGCGUUUACUGUAUAAACUCAUUUACACAGGAAAUGAUGUCAGCUAAUUAGAAAAACAAAACAAGAAUCACCAUUCAAUUAGAACAGAAGUAAUGGCACCCUAUAAAAGGAAAGUAGGAGGAGUUUGUGUGUCAGUGAUGCACUGCACUGGUUGAGCUGCGUUAUUGCACAGACGACACUUUUCAAACAUUUAGUUGCCAUUCAUUUGUUUUUCAAGCUCUCAGUGAUCUUGGGUGUAAUUGUGGGCGUGGCUAAAUGUAAAGGUGUGUCAAUUCUGGGUGUUUUAUUUCUGAUUGAUCUAAUAGUCUCAUACAAGUACGAAGAAUAUUCGUGAACAUCUGGUGAAAAUGAAUAAAAAAUAUUUACACACACACAUUAAGGGAGUGAUAAUGAAGAACAAAGAGCAGACUUGCAGUGUGUGUUACAGGAUAGAAAACAUAAAUAUGAGAUUAUUUAGUGUUUUUUUUUUUUAUAGCUUAGGGGUUUUUUUACAUAGAAAAUAACUGAAUAUAUAACCUAAUAAACGUUGGUGUAUAAAAUGCUGUAACCCUGCGAGACUGAUGCACUUUUAUCCAUGCGGCUUUUCCUAAGAAACUGAAGUUUAUAGUUUUAUAUUGUGGGUGCAAAUUUUUAUUCAAACGACUUAUGAGUGCAAAGCUGAUAAUUACAUUUUUAGAUUUUAUUGCCUGUUUAAAACCUGAUGAGCUCACAAUUCACCUUUUCUUUCUUUCUUUCUUUCUUUCUUUCUUUCUUUCUUUCGUUCUUUCGUUCUUUCUUUUAGUUAAUUUAUUGUUUGAUUUUUUUUUACUUAUUUUCAUAUAAUUUUAUUUGUUGAUUUGUUCUGUUGAUUAUUGAUUGAUUGAUUAUCGGUGUAGAAUAUUAGACAGCAUUGUGAGGUCUCUGCUCAUAUGUAUUGGUGUGUGUUUACUUUGGUUGGUGUAUUAUGGUGUUUCUUCGUGGCAUUGUAGCCCCGCCUCCAGCCCCACCCCCGGUUCCAGUGUAAAUUAUAAAACAAUAAAAUUUCAGCGUUUCC